GAAUACACUCACAAACAUGUUUUUCAAAGACCCACCUUUUCCUAAAUGUUUUACAUAUGUUGUUACUAUUGUCUGGGGGUUUGAUUAUGAUAGGCUUUAGUCUACUAAAAUGUAGCCAUUUAUUUUUUUGCAUAGUGUAUAUCCCCCACACCUCUCUGCUCGUGACACUGAAAACCCACCCCUCUUCUCUGGUGAAAGCAAGGUAGGCUGCUGGAUUCUCAGCUGGUUCGAAGUUGGCCAGUAUGCAAUGAUGGCGUUACAUGUCAACAAUAGAGAUGCUUACUAUCAGAGUGCCGAUUAUUACAGAAAUUCUCAGCCUUUGAACUAUGGGGAUAGCAGCUAUUAUUUUUCCCGAUUACCAGGACCAGAGUCUAUGCUGAAGCCUUCACUGAGCCUAUUUGGCCAGCAGCAGCCACUGUUCCAGCCAAUGCCUCCUACACAUACCCUUGGACCCCCUCCACAGACCCUUGGACCCCCUCCACAGACCCUUGGACCCCCUCCACAGACCCUCAGACCCCCUCCACAGACCCUUGGACCCCCUCCACAGACCCUCGGACCCCCUCCACCAGUAGUAGUGACCCCGGACCCCCUCCGUUUCCCCCUCUCCAGUCUUCUGUCUGCCAAACCUCCCACUCACCUCCAGCUGGUGCAGGGGCCCCCCUGCCCUGUCCCACCUUCCACUGCCCAGGCGACCCUCAGCAGCAGGCCCCAGGAGAAAGAUGCUCAGAUCGGGGCCACAGACCAGGACGCUACCUUGGAGGAGCUGUGUAAGCCUCUGUACUGCAAACUGUGCAACGUCACCCUCAAUUCUGCUCAGCAGGCACAGGCCCACUACCAGGGUAAAAACCACAGUAAGAAGCUGAGAAAUUUCUAUGCAGGGAGCCAGCAGUCACCUGCCAUCAGGAUUCCGGAGGUAAUAGAGCCACUUUCCCAGCAACCCCUCACGACUCCACCAACUGACAGUGCAACUCCCAAACAGCCGGUGUCAUUCAUGGGUGCCAGCAGGGUGAUCUUAGCCACGGAGAACGACUACUGCAAGCUGUGUGAUGCCUCGUUCAGCUCCCCUGCCGUGGCUCAGGCACACUAUCAGGGCAAGAACCAUUCCAAGAGACUGCGGCUGGCUGAGGCCCAGCAGAGCAGUAGCAUCCUAGAGUCGACUGAGUGUGUCCAGAGGCGUGCGAGGAAAGAGGGGAGCGAGUACAGGUUUAUCAAGAACCGUAGGACCACACAGUUGCCUAUUGCCGUGCCAGGCCCCUACUACAACCCCCGGCCCAGGCAGAGGAUCCCCAGGGACCUGGCCAUGUGUGUGACGCCCAGCGGCCAGUUCUACUGCUCCAUGUGCAACUCUGGGGCCAGCGAGGAGGCCGACUUCCGCCUUCACCUGGAGAGCAAGCAGCACAAGAGCAAGGUGUCGGAGCAGCGCUACCGCAGCGAGAUGGAGAAUCUGGGCUACACUUAGGAGGGCAGCGCCGCAGCACGGGGAGGAGAGGGGAUGGAGGGAGGGGGAGGGGGAGGCAACGACUAUCUUCAUCAUGCACUGUACGCUAGAGGCCAGUAGAAUGGGUAGAGACUAUGUUCUGCAGCAAACUAAAAUGUGUGGAAGAGGAGGGUACAUUUAUGUAAAUUAUAUACAUAAACCACUCUUCCACUCUUUUCCUUAAUGUGUAUAAGUUAUUGAUCUUCUGUUCCUGUUUUAGUUUGUUAAUGUAGUGUACAUAUUUGAAUGACAUUUCUAGAAAUCUUUUAAGGUGUGCACAGAAUGUCCACCUGCUGGUACACUUGUGGAUGUUUCACUCUUGCUUGAUUCUGUAUGCCUGUACUGACCCGAGCCUGUGUGUGAUUACCAUUCAUUUUGCGUCUCAGAUGAAACCAGGGAUUUGUCCAUAUUUCACGCUGAAUUUGACCCAUAGUAGGCCUACAUGAAGAACCUACCAUGCUGUGGGGUAUAUUGGUGAAGAUUUUAUCUCACAAUCGGUUUUCUUUCCCCGGUUUAAACCUUGUUAUGACUAGGGCCAGGGACAAUACCAGUAUUGCGAUACUAAUAGCUUGGCAAGGAAACAAAACAUGAAGUGAGUUAAACUUCUUUAGGAAAACAGCCCUAAUGUUGGAAACAAAGAUCAUUAUGUUGUCAAUCAGUGUCACAUUUAUUUAUUUCCAAGCUAUAGCACAUAAUAUUUUAUUUACGGCAGAUUUUUAAGGGACCAAAGUGUUUGGUCUGCUUUGUGUUUUCAUGUUUMCCACGGAAAAAAAUAUCGCUAUACUGGUAUUGUCACAGCCUUAGUUAUUAUUUGAGUUUGAGUAGCUGGACAUUUCCACACUAUAUAUACAAAAGUAUAUGGACAUCCCUUCAAAUUAGUGGAUUCUGCUAUUUCAGCCACACCCAUUGC